AGCAGAACUAUAAUUGGUCAUUGGUUGCUUUAUAAAACAGAACUGAGGAAUAGAGAAAAGACUGUAUAUGAUCCACAAUGAAUACUCUCUGGGUUUUUGUUGUGCUGAGUUUUGCCUCAGUAUGUCAGCCUGCACCCCUGGUCUGCGAUAAACUGGCAACGCAAAUUGAAAAUAGUCCAGAUUUGUCUGGGAGGUGGCACUACAUAGCUGUAUCAACAAAGGUCUGCCUCCCUAUCGUGCUUUUAAAUAGCAUUAUUUGGCCAAGUGUUGAAGUAGACAUUGCUCCUAAAGAGACACCAAAGCACUAUGCUGUCCAAGUGAGAGCUAAACUGUAUGGCGUCUGCGUGAAUGAAUCUGAGGAGUAUUUCUAUGAGAACAGUAAAAUCUUUGGUGUCAACAGUGAAAAUGCUCCAAUUGGUGAUCCAGAUGUACUGCUGCACACCAGCUGCUCUGACUGCAUUGUUGUAAUGGACAACGACACUACUAUGAGCACUCUUUCUUUACUCAGUCGGAGAACAGCCGUCAGUGAAGCUGAGCUGAAGGAGUUUGAGACGCAGGCACAGUGCAAUCAGUUUUCCAAACCACAGAUCCUAAAUACAGACCUGGAUUUUAAUAACUGCCAGGACAUGGGGGACCUCUCUGAUGACCAGUCUUUGGCUUUCUUGAGCAGAAUGUAUGAACGGAUGAAAAGCAGUAAACAAGAUGUAUUCAACUGUCUCUCAAACAUACUUCAGUCUUACAUCAGUUCUUAGUUUAAAAUAUUUGUUUGUAUGAUGAAACCUGGCUUGAGACCAGGACUUCAACUUUACAAAUAAAACU